CUGAGAUAGGUAGCAUUUGAUCAUGUUGGGCAGACGAUGUUACACAGAUCUUUGCAAAAUUGGCUUUGCGCGAUGGCUGCUCCUGUGUAUCGUGUUCUUUGGGUGUGCCCUCCUCUUUCUCUCCCUGGCCUCUAGCCCCAGGCUAGCCAACUCUAAGGACAUCCGGUCACUGGCCAGACUCCGGCUAGCCGGCAACUCGUCAGACGCCGGAUCAUCCGGGUGGGAUAUCACGCACGUCCAGAGCCUGUUCUUCCACACGGAAGAGCGACCUUUCCCGAAAUUAGCCAAUGAAGCGCCGAAAAAAAUUAACGUAUGUCGACAUAGAGAAUUUACAGACUUGGAUUCAGAUCCUACUCUGUCUGCCGUGUUGGAUAAAUUCUACGCUAAGUUGAGUUCACGUCAUAAAAAAGUUAUCAACGCGCAUGAUUUUAAAUACAUCCACAACGUGCCGAACGCCUGCGUGGGGAGAAAGAUUGAGCUGCUAAUCGGAGUCCCUACACGGACGAAUAGCUUCGACGCUCGGCAGUCGAUUCGAGAAUCGUGGGGACAGUACGCUAAGGAGCCGCCAUACAACGCUGUCGUGUUGUUUUUUCUCGGAUCUCAGAAAAAUCCAACAGAGCAGGAAAAGGUGGACGCCGAGGCUAUCAAAUACGGGGACAUUGUGCAGGAAGAUUUUGAGGACACUUAUAGGAACUUGAGCAUCAAGACGGUCGCGCUGAUGAAGUGGGUGAGUCUCUACUGUCCCGACUCCACCUUCACGCUGAAAGCAGACGACGACAUGUACAUCAACAUGCCGCGUCUGCUGGCCAAGCUACAGCAACAACACGAACGUGGACCAGUGUUUAUCUUAGGCGCCCUCCACCACAACACCUUCCCGUUUAGAGACCAGAACAACAAAUGGGGCGUCACGAAAGAAGAAUACCCUGGUAAAAUCUACCCUAACUACGUUUCCGGCACAGCGUACGCCAUGACUACCAGCGCUGCCAUGAGACUGUAUAUCGAGUCUCUGUACGUCAAGAUCUUGUUCCUGGAAGACGUGUACCUGACGGGGUUAGUCGCAGACCAGGCAGGGGUACCGAGGGUGGCAGACGACGAUUUCAGCUGGGCCAAGUACGAGCCAGACGGCUGUAAGUUCAGAGACAAGAUCAGCGGACACAAGAACUCCCCAGAAGAAAUCAGGAAGAUCCACAAGGAACUCUACGACCCCAAUCUUAGGUGCAUCGAAAGUAAAAAAUAAAUUAAAACUUUAAUAUUUUAACGACUGUGUAAUGAGUCAGUGUAACGAUAA